AAUCGUUCUUGAACUCAUUGCGAUAUAGAUUCAAGUCUCUCGAAAACCCCAAAUUAGGGUUCUUGAUUUUCAUCUCUCUUCUCUCCAAAUCCAUCAAUUUUUUACUCCGAUUCAACUAUGAGUUCCACCAAGGGCGGUAGAGGAAAGCCGCAAGCCACCAAAUCCGUUACACGAUCGCAUAAAGCCGGCCUCCAGUUCCCCGUCGGUAGAAUCGCAAGGUUUCUCAAGGCCGGAAAGUACGCCGAGCGUGUCGGCGCUGGCGCUCCAGUAUAUUUGUCGGCCGUUCUCGAGUAUCUUGCCGCCGAGGUUUUGGAGCUUGCUGGAAAUGCUGCUAGAGACAACAAGAAGAAUCGUAUUGUGCCGAGGCACAUCCAACUUGCUGUGAGGAACGAUGAGGAGUUGAGUAAGCUUUUAGGAUCUGUAACCAUUGCUAAUGGAGGUGUUUUGCCCAAUAUUCACCAAACU